AUGAACGGCUCUACCAAUGGCCACGCCAACGGCACAAAUGGUGCUUCACACCUCACACCUCCACGAUACCUUAUCUGGGGCGGCCGCGGAUGGGUUGCUGGCCACUUGGAGAGCCUGCUCAAGGAGCAGGGCAAGGAGGUCUCCUUGACGACCGUUCGCAUGGAGGACCGUGAGGCGGUACAGGCAGAGCUGGCUCGGGUCAAGCCAACACACGUUCUCAACUGUGCUGGCUGCACCGGCAGGCCCAACGUCGACUGGUGCGAAGACCACAAGGAAGACACCAUCCGGUCCAACGUCAUCGGCACAUUGAACCUUGCCGACUGUUGCUACAAGGCCGGCAUCCACUGCACCGUCUUUGCGACCGGCUGCAUCUACCAUUACGACGAGACCCACCCCAUCGGCGGACCCGGCUUCACGGAGACAGACCCGGCCAACUUUGCCGGCAGCUUCUACUCGGAGACCAAGGCUCACGUCGAGGAGGUGAUGAAGUACUACAACAACUGCCUAAUUCUGCGGCUCCGGAUGCCCGUGUCGGACGACCUGCAUCCACGCAACUUCGUGACAAAGAUCAGCAAGUACGACCGUGUGGUCGACAUCCCCAAUAGCAACAGCAUCCUCACCGAUCUGCUGCCGGCAUCCAUUCUGAUGGCCGAGCACAAGGACACCGGCGUCUACAACUUCACGAACCCCGGAGCAAUCAGCCACAACGAGGUUCUGUCUCUGUUCAAGGAGAUUGUCCGGCCAGAGUUCACAUGGAAGAAUUUCACUGUCGAGGAGCAGUCCAAGGUCAUCAAGGCGGGUCGAAGCAAUUGCAUGCUUGACACCACCAAGCUCGAGAAGAAGCUGAAGACAUACGGCUACCACAUCCCCGAGAUCCAUGACGCAUAUCGCCAGUGCUUUGAGAGGAUGAAGGCUGCCGGUGUCCAGUAG